AUGUCAACAGUGAAGUAUAUAGAGAUGAAAUACAUUGGUGGAAUUCAGAUUCAGAAACUAAAAACCCAAAGCUUGACGGAAAUGAAGCCACCUCAAAGAACCACAAAUCUAGCCCAAAGUUCAGCAAAAGAAUCCGGAAGAAGCUGCAAGAAAAUCAAACAGGAAGACACCAACGGUAAGAAAGGACGCAUAAACAGAAAACGCUUGACAAAUACACCAAAUAGAGCAUAUCCGAAACUGGAGCUUCCAAGAGAAGAGAAGGAGAAGAGGCAAGAGGCAAAACAAAUUAUAUACAUUUGCUUUUUUAGUUCUCCAUAUCAUAUGAAGAAAAGAAGAGCCUUUCUCAAGUUCUCGUUUCUCCUCCUCCUGAUUCUGGAGUUUUCAAGAGCUGAUUCAGAUGGAGACCUCUCAGCGAUGCUCGCACUCAAGAAAAGCCUAAACCCACCUUCUUCUCUCGGAUGGUCCGACCCGGACCCGUGUAAAUGGGCUCACGUCGUUUGUACAGGCUCAAAACGGGUGACCCGGAUCCAAAUCGGGCAUUCGGGCCUUCAAGGUACACUCUCUCCUGAUCUUAGCUCCUUAACAGAGCUCGAAAGGCUCGAGCUUCAAUGGAACAACAUCUCUGGUCCUGUUCCUUCUUUGAGUGGCUUAUCUUCAUUACAAGUCUUGAUGCUAAGCAACAAUCACUUCGAAUCGAUCCCUAAGGAUAUCUUCCAAGGCUUAUCUUCUUUACAAUCUUUUGAAAUCGACAACAACCCUUUUGAAUCUUGGGAGAUUCCAGAGAGCUUGAGAGACGCUUCUGCUCUUCAGAAUUUCUCGGCGAAUUCGGCUAAUGUCUCAGGGAAAUUACCCGGUUUUCUCGGACCGGAUGAGUUUCCCGGUUUGUCGAUUUUGCAUUUGGCUUUCAAUAACUUAGAAGGUGAGUUGCCUUUGGGGUUGUCCGGCUCGCAGAUUCAGUCAUUGUGGCUCAAUGGUCAGAAACUAACCGGUUCUAUCGAUGUUCUUCAGAACAUGACCGGGUUAAGAGAGGUUUGGCUUCAUUCGAAUGAGUUUUCCGGUUCUCUGCCUGAUUUCUCCGGUCUGAAAGAGCUUGAGACCUUGAGUUUGAGAGAUAACUCGUUUACUGGCCCGGUUCCUGAGUCUUUGAUCAGUCUUGAGUCGUUGAAAGCUGUGAACUUGACGAAUAAUCAUCUUCAAGGACCGUUUCCUGAGUUCAAGAGCUCGGUUUCUGUUGAUUUGGAGAAUGAUACAAACAGCUUUUGCUUGCCUUCUCCUGGUGCGUGUGAUCCUAGAGUGAGAUCUUUGCUUUUGAUUGUUAGCUCCAUGGAUUAUCCGUUGAGGUUAGCAGAGAGCUGGAAAGGGAACGAUCCUUGCACGAAUUGGAUCGGUAUAGCUUGUAGCAAUGGGAACAUCACGGUGAUUAAUCUUGAGAAAAUGGGUUUAACCGGGACAGUUUCUCCCGAGUUUGGUAGCAUCAAAUCGCUUCAAAGCAUCGUUCUUGGAACCAACAACCUCACCGGAACGAUUCCUCGAGAGCUCACAACGUUACCUAACCUCAAAACACUCGAUCUUUCGAGUAACCGGCUUUUCGGGAAGGUCCCGGCUUUCAAAAGCAAUGUGAUUGUGAAUACUAGUGGCAACCCCGACAUUGGGAAGGAUAAAAGCUCUUUAUCUCCUCCUGGUUCUUCUUCAACUUCAGGUGCUGGUUCAGGAUCAGGGAUCAAAGGUGGUGAUAGUAAUGGGAGAAGAGUAAAGUCUUCAUCUUUUAUAGGAAUCAUCAUUGGUUCGGUUCUUGGAGGUCUGUUAUCGAUCUUCUUGAUCGGUUUACUACUUUUCUGCUGGUACAAGAAGAGGCAAAAGCGGUUCGACAGCGGCUCUAACACGGUCGUGGUACAUCCGAGGCACUCUGGCUCUGACAACGAGAGCGUCAAGAUCACGGUGGCGGGUUCGAGCGUUAGCGUUGGAGGCAUAAGUGAAAGCUACACGCUUCCCGGUACGAGCGAAGCAGGGGAUAAUAUUCAAAUGGUGGAAGCAGGGAACAUGCUGAUCUCAAUCCAAGUGCUUCGUUCAGUGACUAACAACUUCAAAUCAUCAUUCAAGAAAGCGAUCGAUCCUACAAUAGACCUCGACGAAGAAACCCUAGCGAGCGUUUACACGGUUGCUGAGCUCGCGGGCCAUUGCUGUGCCCGUGAGCCUUACCAGAGACCAGACAUGGGACACGCGGUUAACAUUCUGUCUUCACUCGUCGAGCUAUGGAAACCGUCUGAUCAGAAUCCAGAAGACAUAUACGGUAUUGAUCUAGACAUGUCUUUGCCUCAAGCUCUUAAGAAAUGGCAAGCUUAUGAAGGGAGAAGUGAUGUUGAAUCUUCUUCUACUUCAUCGCAUUUACCUAGCUUGGACAACACGCAGAUGAGUAUUCCCACUAGACCCUUCGGAUUCGCAGAGUCUUUCACUUCCGUAGAUGGACGAUGA